AUGUCAUGCUAUUGGGUCGCAUCCGAGCUGGUGACGUUCGCGCUUCUCGAGCGCUGCCGCGUCAUCUUCUCGCCGCACAUUGUCCCGGUCAUCCGUGAGGCUCUUCGCCACGGCAUCGUCGACGAUACGGGCAAGGAUAUGCUUCUGGACUGCGCCAUGAUCUCCCUGCCAGCGUACUACUGCAAUUUUGACACCCACCGGUGCACCUACUACUGA